AUGACCGGGGGAGUGGCCAUGUACGCGUUGAUCCGCGCCGACUAUUGCAUACCCGCCCACGAGGAUUACCAAUUUGAAGUCACCGUUAACGACCCAGUUGGUGAUAUGAUAGAUGAGAGUGGCCCUUUUCCCAUUGGAAUUGGACUCUGUACGGAAAAGGUAGAUCUCAACCAGAUGAUAGGAUGGGAAUCGGGUUCUUUGGGGUAUCACGGCGAUGACGGGAAAAUGUUCUUGGAAUCGGAAUGGGGGCGAAGGUACGCUGAUGGGUAUGGUGUCAACGACACGAUAGUUUGCAAGGUCAAGGUGGGCGAUGGACAGAGAAAGGUCUCCUUCUUGAAGAAUAACAAACCCCUUGGAACUGCUUUGGAAGGGGACGAUGUGCCUCGGGGACAGCUUUACCCUGCAAUCAGCAUGAAGAGUUCCCUGAAAGGACUUUCGAUGACGGCGAGAUUUGGAAAUCCGAGCGACGUGAUGGGCCCGGGGUUAUUACUAACACCUGAUAUCCAAAGCCCUGGAAGAAUGAGACAUGCCUCACCGUCGCCAGCCAUGCAUCCUGAUUCUCCUGGUGUUUGCGUAGAGGAAGUGAGAGAAGACGAGGUUGAGGAUGGGGACAGUGAUUACUCUUGGUAGUAGCUUUUGCAUGGAUCAAGAUUGGGUGGAAUACUUGCCUCUGUAAUUUAUUGUCAUUUCACACUUGAGGUAGUUAACCAGGUGGGUAGGCCCGUGCCCAGUGGCCUCAAGCCGCUGCCAAGUUCCUCAAUAUCU